CGACGGUCACUCGAAAAAAUAGAUUUCUCAGAAUUGGCGGAAGUCGAAAUUUUACCUUUCAAAAUGUGUUUUCCCCGAUUUGAAACUAUUAUUCGACCAACUCCUUGAAAAAACUGCAAAUACAAAGCACAAGAAAGUCUUGUCUUGAUCUCUUACUUGGAAGAAAUUUACAAUGGGUUUGCUCGAUGAAAUCCAAAAGCUCCCCUUGGACUGCCAAGCAGAAAUCAUGACUUCUCUUCAGAAUCAUUUCCCCGAUUCGAUAGAGCUUGAGGCAUACACGUAUCUCCUAGUAUGGGCUGAAAUACAGCCAUGGGAUUUAGCUAAAGAUGUUGAUAUCCCUGAACAUGUCGCUCUUGCUGAAAGGUUACUAGCGAUAACUAUCGAACAGCUACAGGGACUCGAGAAACAGUUUCAGGAGUCACCUGGAAACUUUCAGGGAAUGAUGACUGUACCUAAGAUUAAGGAGAUCUACACCAAGCUUCAGGUUACCCACAGAUCAGAGCCAACUAAGUUUUGCAAGGCUUUUGGUGCAAUUGACUAUUACCUGAAGGCUGUUGUUAAGCAGUUUAUCAACAGGCUAUUGAAUGGGGAUAGCAGUACUAUGGACCAAGGAUGUGACAUGGACACAGAACAAGCUCCUGAUAACUUCACCCUCAUCCAGAGAGAGCUACACCAGGCAGAUGUACAGUAUCAGGAAAAUAAUAAAAUUAUGAAGACUAUUGAACAGGCCAAAGAGCAGUUCACCAUCUUAUUUGAGGAAAAGAAGACUGAAAUGGACCUCCUGGAAUUGCAAAAACAAGAAGUUAUGGAAUCUUCUAUGAGUGAAAAAGACAAGGAAAAGAAUGUUUUAGAGCUCUCACAGAAAACAUUAGCUCUACAGACGGAACUGUCUAAUAAAGGAAGACAACUCACAGUAGAAAUGAGACUGAAUAUGGUCCAAAACUUAGACAAACAUUUGCAUCAUCUGUAUAAAAUAAGUGCAAGUCUUGGGGUAGAAAUUGACCAAUGGAAAGAAAAACAGCAGAAAGCCCUUUCUGGUUGGCCACAACCACAGGUCUUAGAGCCACUACAGAAUCUGUGUGAACCUUUGGCUGAAUUGUUAUGGAGACUGUAUCAGCAUUGUAAAAAGGUGGACGAAAUGUUCAAGCCUGCCCUUCAAAAAAGCCAAGAAGAACUUAAUAGAAUGCAGAAUCUCAUAAAGUCGUCCAAAACCUUGUUGUCAAUUUUUUUAAAUAAGUGUUUUGUUAUUGAAAAACAUGCCCCACAAAUUCUAAAGAUUGGUACCAAAUUCUGUGCAACUUUAAGGCACCUGAUAGGAGGGAAGCUGAAUGCCCAUGUACACCCCCCAGAAGUAGAGUGCUUUAUUGUGCCAGAGAAGUUCCUUCAGAAAAAUAAAGAUAAGAUUGUGCGUUCAAUCCUUGGGAAGUCUACAAUUCUCAACUAUAAAAAGGCCAUGGAAUAUAGCCAGAGAUAUAACUCUUUCAGCGUUGAGUUUAAAAACUUGAACCUCACGAAAACAGACCGAGAGGGAGGCAAAAAAGAUGAGACUGUGUGUGAGAAAAAGAGGAGCUUACUGUUUUACACCGAGCUUACGAUUGGACAAAACAGGUUUCCUCUCUUGGCUACAUCCUUCCCGUGUGUGGUCACAGUCCACGGGAACCAGUCUCCUGAUGCAGAAGCUACAAUUCUUUGGGAUAACGCAUUUGCUGAAAAGGAACGGGUUCCUUUUGUCGUACCGGAUAGCAUGCCUUGGCCAGAGGUAGCGAACGCCAUCAACCACCGCUGGAUGCUUAGUAAUGAGCGAGGGCUCAGUGAUGAGCAGCUUGCAUACAUCGGCAGUAAGCUGUUCCCAGACAAAUCGAGAAGUGAGAUGUCAAACUGUGUGGUUAGUCGGUAUAUGUUGAACAAGGGUAACAUGACAAACAAGAAUUUCACAUUUUGGAAGUGGUUUUACGAAAUCAUGAGUGCCGUUAAGAAAACCAUGCACGAAGAGUGGAAGCACGGAUUGAUACAAGGUUUCCUUAGCAAACAACAAGCCCAGGAUAUGCUAAUCAACAGCGAGUUCGGGACAUUCCUACUCAGAUUUAGCGACAACGAACUUGGGGGAGUUUCCGUGGCAUACACGGCACAGGCAGAAAAUGGUGAAAAACAAGUCUGGAAUCUGGCGCCGUGGACGACACAUCACCUGCAAGUGCGUCAUCUGUCAGACCGCCUUAAGGACCUUGAGUCUCUGCUGAUCCUUUAUCCUAACGAGCCGAAGGACACAGCAUUUGGCAGACAUUACACUGUCGACAAGACGCAAGUCCCGUCAGACCCUCUUGAAUACAGACCAACACAACUAGCCACUAAAGUUAUUGGUGCCGACGGAUCGUGCACUCCUGUCCAGCAACCUCGGGUACAGAUGGAUCUAAUGUCCAAGUACAGCGCUGAUACCUACCCGGGCUCUCCUGCCGACUCGCUAGCGAGUCAGAUGCUGGAUGCUGACUUCGGCAUCGGAGGCGAGGAAAUCGUGGAGAGUUUCGGCGAAGUAGAUGCAGCUAUGAUGAUAAGCGGGGUGAAUAAUUUGAUGGGGUUCGGUGGACCACAACACUUCAUGAAUAAUAUUUUUGAAAAUCAGUGCAGUAUCGCGCCUCUGUCUGAUGUUCCUUCAUCUGGUCCGAACAACUCAAACUAAUAAGGGUCUGUAGGGUGAGAGGUCUUUAGAAAGAUGGCUGCUUAAAAGAGGUUGGUCAUAGAAAAAUUAGCGAUGAAACGAAAGGAAAAUUGCUUCUCAUAGCAAGAACCGUCGUGUAGUAGCUUUAGUGACAUGACUUAAUUUGUAACGUAGUUAUGUUUUUUUUAGAAAUAAUAUAGCGAAAUAAUAUUUAGGAUUUUCUGGCCUCGUAAAGAAUUCAGAAUACCACAGUAAAAUUAUAGCACUCGAGUCUGGAAAAUGGUAGUCGUGACAGAUUAAUAAAAUAGCCGUUAAAUACAUGUUAAAAGUGCAGUGUCAAAGUGAUAUUUUGUGGCUUCUUCGUUAGCUGUUGGCUUUACAAAAGGGUGAUCGUUUAAUAGAGGUUUAAUAGAACUAAAGUACAUUUCUAAUUAAGAAUAACAAUGCACUGCAUAAAUGUAAGAGUGGACUUUACUUGCUAUAUUUGGGAGUGCAUUGAAUGCUAACGAAGGCACCACGAAAUGUUAUUGAGCUUCUUCUAAAUUCCGUUGUAGCUUGAUCUAUUAUUAGAGUUAUAUAAUUGUUUCUUGUGAGAUUGUCAAGUAUGACAAUUCUAUGUUGAUAACCACCCUUAUUCAUCACCCAUGAAGCAAUGCGAGCUGUCUACGAACCACGCAUUCUCCGAGUGCAACCUACUAGUGAUAUCGUAUGAUAGUGAGUGCUUGGAGGGGUUCAUCAAUAUAUCAAUCAUUUUCUCUGUUUUAUUAAAGUAUUAUCAGCAGUCCAUGGAAUUUGAUAAAUAGUAGUGCCAUGUGGUAGAUAAGUAAGGCAAUAAAACAUUUUUCUAGAUGGAUGAAACUGGAUUUGUCCAGCUGGGAAAAUAGUAGAGACUUUUUGUGGCUGCCUUUUGAGUAAGAAAUAAACAAAAACGUUAAUGAGUUUGUUUUAUUUUAAGUGGUGAGUUUUUCUUCAGUUUGAAGUGUGUCUGGUAUAAAUUGUUUUACAAUAAAAUAAUUUUUUCAAUA